GUGCACGCGGUGUUGCGCGAAUGACUAGUAUCAGAAAGCGUUUCGAUAAAUCAAGAUUACGCGCGUACGUUGAUGUGUGCAAAAAAAAAAAAAAAAUUAUUGACCAUUUGUACACGUCGUACGGGCAGUGCAGGUCCGCUACGGGGCGUUCAUUGAUCAAACUGGUCACAAAUUUUAUUUUAACUGUUACGUGUUGUUUACCUUUACCUAAAUAAACAAUACGUCACGUAUCUAUUUAAGUAUCGCGUGUACACGCGCGAGGCGUCAUAGAUAAGUACCGCUCAAAGUGUAUGGAUGAAAAAGGGGCUUUUUAGCAUGCAUUCCAUUGGCCGAUUUUUAUAAUCUUUUUUUUUUUUUUUCAUAAAUUGCAAAGUGUAGGCAAGUUGGGAGGGUGAAGGUGCUACGCUCCUUCGAGGAAAAAGGAGUCUAGCUCCCGACAAACAGGUUGCAUAGGGAGCGCGUGCCUCGGGGAGAGCGAAGAGCCAAUGUACCUACACGUUACUAUUAAGAAUCCUGGAUAAAAUGGCACGUGGCAGUAAUGCCGAUGACGUGUAAAGUGUAGCGAUAAGUAUAUUGUUGGUAAAAAUGAUAUUUCCAGACUUAGAUUAAUUGUUACUUUGUUGGUCGUAUAAAAUUUAUACAUAUACUAUCAAUUUUCUGCAGUUAGAUAUAAACAACUUCGAUUAGUUUGAUAAAAACAAAAAAAAACAAAAAAAAAAAACGGCACGCGCGUUUACGGUGGCUAGCGUAUGAUAAAAUGAUUUGAUAAUAUAAUCGGAUCUGGGUGUAAUUAUAUAGGAGAGGAGAGGUAUCGGAUAAAUAAAGUGGUGUAUUUGAGGGGAAUCGGGGACGUUUAUCGGAUUUGGGAAAAAAGAUACAGAAAAAGAGCAAAGAUUAGAGGAGAAAAAAAAAAUGUUCCGGCACUGGACGUACAUACGUAACACUAUACUUUUGGUAAACUGAAUGGUGCUUAGUACAGUUAGGAGGAAGCGGUCGUGCAACUGCUUGGGUAUAUUUGAAUCGUGAGGUGACAAAUUUGUGUCGAGUGUUUUUUGACUUUAUUUGGAGGCAGAUUAUUUUGUGCACUCGUGGAAAAUGAACGAAUUGCAAACGUUUUUCAUAGGCACGGGAUCGAUGACUCUUCUGAGUUUCAUCAUGUGGUAUCGAAACAGAAAGAUUACGUUGAAAGAGGACGAGAAACAGAAUGAAAAGAUCUUAUCAAGCCCGGACGCGUCGUGGAAACAAGUUGGCAAGGUGAAAGAAAUCUUUUGCUACCCCUUGAAAUCUGGAAAAGGAAGAUCAGUCGAGAUGUGCCGAUUCGAAGAACGUGGAAUCACAAUAGACGAACCUGCGGUAUUUCCCGUUAGAGACAGAAUGUUCAUAGUGUACGAGGAGCAAACAGGAAAGUUCCAAACGGGUCGCCAGCACCCGAAACUCCUGCUGGUCAACCUGAGCCCGGUAGACGAGGACAGAGCAAAGCUGGAAGCCAACGACGUGCCGACGUGUGUGUUCGACGUGCCGAAAAACACCGACAACCGGUCCAAAGUCUGCACGACUGUUACCAUGUGGUUCGGCGAGCCGGUAAUGUGCGUGGACUGCGGAGCCGAGGUGGCCGCUUGGAUAUCCAAGUAUCUGACCGGAUCGGACCACGGCUUGAGACUCGGGGUAUUCCUCGCGAACAAGGACAGGGACAUUGUGGGCGGAGUUUGGGAAGAGCACACGAGACUGUACAGCAAAGUGAGGAACGAAGACGCGGGUUUGUUUUCAGACUUGUCGAGCUACAUGAUCAUGUCCGAGGCAUCGAUAAUCGACCUCAACGAGAGAUUGGACAAUCCGAUUGGAGCUCUCCAGCUGAGACCGAACUUGGUAGUGACGGGCUGCGAGGCUUACGCCGAAGACGAGUGGGAGUGGAUUAGAAUAGGCAGCGACGCGAUCAUCCGCCAACUCAAGCCAUGUCCGAGAUGUACGAUGACUCGAAUAGAUCCUAAUACCGCUGCUCUCGAUUCUAGCUACGAACCCCUGAAAACGUUGAGAUCAUAUCGAAAAAUAAAAGAUCCCGAGAAGGCUAAGUUUGACGAUCACGCACCCAUCAUGGGCAUCUACUGCGGCUUGUAUCGUUCCGGUGUCGUUCGAUCGGACGACGAUGUAUUUGUUUACCAGCCGAAUUGCAUUGAAUGAUUUAAUAAAUAUCACCUCCACAUGUUGUGUUUUAUCCACUUCAGACUUUACGUAAAACACGUCUGUAUCUGCAUUAUGUCCGUGAUAGUUUAGUCGCAUCUCUUGCAGUAACGACGUCGCUCGAGGAUUUUUCAGCUCAAUAAUGCAAAGCUCCUGUACUUAC